AACUCCACAUAUUAUUCCUUGAAUUCAGCAUAAUUAGAUUAUGGUUGCAAUCACUUUCCUCUAAUCAACAAACCACUUUUUUUAAUCACUUUUUUUAAAUAUUUUCUCUUUUUAAUUCACACAUUCUUUGUUUUCCUCUUUUGUUUCUACUCUCAACCAAUAAUACACUAAAAAAAAACUUGAAUAAAUAUUCAUUCAUGUUCUUUCUAUUUCUUUUGUCAAAAACAACUUCAUAUUUUCAACCUUAAAACCAUGUUCUUUUUUCAUUGUCUUUGAUUUUUUUCUUCUUCAUGUACUUAAAUCUUGAAAUCAACCUUGAAUUUUGAUUCUUUGUUUGUAGAGUUAUGUGCUCCGAAACGAGUACUCCGCCGCGUCUUUCUUUCUCUCAUAAUCUCUCUGAAUUCCAUCUUCAAAAAGAUGUUACUUGCAUUGAAACAUUGUUGUUAGACUCAAAUUCUGAUUUUGAGUUCAACACAUGUAACAACAUUCUUGAGUUUGAAUCAUCUUCAGCUGAUGAACUUUUCUCUAAUGGUGUCAUUCUUCCAAAAAAACACACUCCUUUGGUUAAAGUUAAUCAAAUAAAACUUCCUCCUCGUCCAUCGAUUUCAAAUGUUGAAAAAACGAAGAACAAAACCGAUCAUAAGUUGAUCUUGGCCCAUACCGGACCAGAAACCGUUAGAGAGCUUCUAGACGCGAGUUCUAAUAACGCGAAAAAACAUCAUUCUAAGUCUUUUUGGGGAUUUGGUAGAAGCAAAAGUCUCAAUUGUGAUACAAAGAAGAAUUUGAGUUUUUCUUCACCUUUUUUGCUUAGAAGUAACUCAACCGGUUCGGCCAAAAAACCGAGUUCAAGCAAGCAAACAUCGACGACAAGAGGUAAAUCAUCGUCGUUGCAUUCGUGUUCUUCAACUUUAAAUUUGUAUCCAAUGCAAAAAUCUAAUUCAGGGAAGAGUUAUGGAGGAUCUUAUGGAAAUGGCCAUUGGAUUAGUCCUGUUUUGAAUGUUCCAACUCCUUGUGUUUCAAAGGGAAGUGCAAGUUUCUUUAGGUUUGGUUCAAUUUUAAGUGUUGGAAAGGUUAAGAAGAAUAAGAAGUGAUUUUAUUUAUAUGCUAUUAUUAUCAUAUCAUAACUAAUGAUUAAUGUCAUGGCUUCA